CAGGAAGAGGCGCUCGGCAGUGAGACAGGCAGAGGAAAGGCCGAGAGUCGAGUCGAGGGCUCCGAGUCGAGGAUGGACGUCAGAGCGAGUCGAGCCGACCGACAGAGACGACGCAGCAUCUGGACAACUUAAGGAAUACGAGCAGGAUUUACUUUUCGGUCUAAACUGACUCAACGUUUUUCUUUCCAGCUUCAGUUCGGAGGACUCUAAAGGAAACGGGAUAUUUCUGGACCUGGGCAGUGAACAGAACCUCGUCUCCUACCUCAGGCUCAGGAUUAUGGUGGAGGCUGCUCCGCAUGAGGAUCUAAAGGAGGCGCAAAAUGCUGAAAUGUAAAGUUGAACGUUGGUUCUGCCGCCUGUGGAUCGCCUCGGUUCUGCUGCUGCUGCAGGAUGUGGUCGCUGCAGCUCCCACAGAACAACCCAGAUCUUCUCCUCCAUGCAGCUUCUCAGCAUCAGAACCACAAUCCGGUCUGGACUCGGUGUCGGUGACGCUCAGAACGUCCGGAUCCAACUGCUCCUUCAUCGUCACGUCUCCGGACGCCGCCGCCGACCAGACCGAGUGCAUCAGGAGGAGGACGGGAGGCGAGGAGGACGUGGAGACCAACGAGACCCGAGGAGCCGACGGGGAACCGAGCCACGUCUUCAGCUGCGUUCUGGAUCAUCUGGAGCCCGGAACCGAGUACCUGCUGCAGGUUCAGUCGACGGGAGGCGACGGAGCUGCAAACGUCACCGUUCAGACCAAGCCGUCGGCGGUGCUCGGCCUGGCGGUGACCUCCAGCUCCUCCAGCAGCCUGGGACUUUCCUGGCAGGCCGGCCCUGGCAGGACGCAGUGUUUCAGGCUGCAGCUCUGGGAACAUCCUCGGAGUCCGGAUCAGUCAGGUCUGCUGAAGAACGAGACGUUAGAGAGCACGACGACGCAUCACACCGUCACCGGCCUGUCGCCGGGGCGACAGUACAACGUUACCGUGGUGACGGAGGCCGGAGAGCUUCAAAACAGCUGGACGAUCGAGGCUCGGACAGCGCCCUCUGCAGUUUCCAACGUCACCGUCAACAACAACAACAGCACAAGCUUGCGGUUGUCGUGGCAACAGCUGGACGGCGACCUGGACGCGCUCAUCGUCGCCCUCUCGUCCAAUCAGACAAGCCGCUGGGAGACGACUCUGCCUCCGGACGCCACCGACGUCACCGUCCACCAUCUGAUCCCCGGCUCGGCCUAUCGGGUCACGGUGACGUCCUGGAGCGGCGGGUUGACGAGCCAAUCAGAAGUCAGCAUCAGAACAGCUCCAUCGGCAGCCUCCUCCCUCGUCCUGUCUCCUGCUGCCUCCGGUGGCCUCCUCCUGACGUGGUCGCCUCCUGCUGGUCACUUUGAGAACUACACCCUGCUGCUGUUCGAUGGCUCCCAGCAGGUAGUCAGCACCGCUCUGCCCCGGGAGGCAGUGAACCACAGCCUUCCUGGGACGGGACUAACGCCUGGGAGGCUGUACAGAGCCGUGCUGAGGGUGGAGAGCGGAGGACUGACGGCUGAGAGCAGCUGCGAGGGUUCAACAGCUCCUGCUCCGGUCUUGGACCUUCACAUUCGACAUUCGGACGAGACCUCGCUCAGCGCCAUGUGGAGCCACGCCCCCGUCGGGUCACGUGACAGCUACUUCCUCACCAUUAGCCACGGUAAUGUCACCGUGGAUACCAGGGAGGUGGAACCAAACAUGAGGGAGUGCACGUUCAAUGUGCUCACACCUGGACGGCAGUACACUAUCACCGUGACAACCAGGAGCAGGAAGCUGAACACCUCAGUGUCUAUCGAGGGCAGGACAGUCCCGAUGGCGUUGCGAACCUUCUCCCUGACCAACUCGGGCGUGGACAGCCUCCAGGCGUUGUGGGAGAAACCGCCCGGAGACGUGGACUCGUACGCACUGACUCUGCUGCAAGACAAUGUUGUCAUUCAGAACCACAGCGUUCCAGUUGGUUCUUCUUCUCUGCUGCUCAGUGGUUUGACGCCCGGCGCCCUCUACAGGCUGCAGGUCGUCACCGUCAGCGGACGGCUGCAGUCCAAAGCCACCAGUCUGAAGGCUCACACAGCGCCAGCGUCGGUCUCUGAGGUGACUGUUGCUAACGGCGGCCGGUCCGACGCCCUGCAGGUGUCGUGGCAUCCCGUGUCGGGCGUCGUCGACAGCUACCUGGUCCGACUUCAGGACGGGAGGCGAGUCGUCCACACGUUGCCCGUGUCCCGAUCCUCGCCGCCCGAGUGCUCCUUCAGCUCGCUGGUUGCCGGGCGACUGUACUCGGUCGUCAUAGUGACGAGGAGCGGCAAACUGGAGAACGCCACCGUUGUCCAGGCUCGGACACAACCUGCCACUGUGCAAAAUCCAACAGCUGUUCACUCUGCAAGAGACGACUUCCUCAAGGUUUACUGGCGUCACGCAGCUGGAGAUCUGGACCGCUAUGUGGUUCUGAUCCGCUACAACCACAGCGUUCUGCAGAACAAGAGCGUCUCCGCCGGACACAACGAGUGCGUCUUCUCGUCCCUGACGCCAGGGAGGCUUUACACUGUCACCGUGGAAACCUGGAGUGGCGACUACGUCAGCAGCGUCUCCACUGACGGACGAACCUUUCCAGCCGCCGUGGGCAGUCUGUCGCUAGGCAACGCGGGAACAACUGACCUGAAUGUCACCUGGAACCCCGCCCCCGGAGACGUGGACCACUAUGAGGUCACCCUGCUCUUCAACGACACUCGUGUUUUCCCUCCGGUCACGCUGAGCAGCGAUGUCCGCCACCACCGGCUGACCUCUCUGACGCCCGGCCGGCUUUACAAGAUCGUGGUGUCGACGUUCAGCGGGACGAACCAGAGGGCCCAGUUUAUCGAGGGACGAACAGUUCCCAGUGCUGUGGGGAACCUCCGCCUGGUUCCUCAGCCCGGCCACAUGGAUUCUGUUGGAGGACUGGUGGUCUCCUGGACGCCUGGAGACGGAGACCUGGACAUGUACAUCGUGUCCCUGUCAACACCAGACGGAGCGGCCAUUGAGACUCGUCCUGUCCCCAAACAUGUCUCCUCCCUGGACUUCCUGGAUCUGAUCCCAGGGCACGCCUACUCCAUCACCGUCCAAUCACUGAGCGGGAUGCUCACCAAUAGCAACACAGCGACCGGCAGGACAGCUCCGGCCCGAGUCACCGCCCUGCAGGCCGACAACGACCACACCACCCACAGCCUCACGGUCAGCUGGGAGCGGCCGGUCGGUGUGUUCGACGGCUACAGCCUGCAGCUGCUGGACGAAGACAGCGGCAUUCUGAUCAACCGAUCGGUCGCGGUGACGAGUCGAAGCGAGCGGCUCGAGGGUCUGACCUCAGGGAAAUGGUACCGAGUGAAGCUGGUGACGCUGAGCGGCGGCGUCCCAUCGAAGGACGCCACAGCAGAAGGACAAACCCGUCCGGCCGCAGUCGGUAAUCUGACGGUGACAGCGACCAACACCUCCUCGCUGUCAUUCUCGUGGAGCCGCUCGGACGGUCACGUCGACAUCUACGACUUGUCGCUCUACAGCAUCACUGAGGGGACGGCCAGUCACAGGCAGGGAGCAGCAGGAGGCGCGAAGGAGCAUCACCAGGCUGCAGGUGAGCUGGUGGACCUGCAGAAGGUCGGCUCGGCUGCAGAGGGCUGCGUUUUCUCCGGGCUGCAAGCGGGAAGUUUGUACCGGCUGCAGGUGGUGAGCUGGAGCCGAGACAUGAGCAGCGACUCGUCUGUACUGGCUAGAACGGUUCCGUCUCCGGUUUCGUCUCUCCAGGUCCACAGUUCAGGACGGACGGACAGACUGACGGUCAACUGGCAGCAGGGAGAAGGAAGCUGGAGCAGCUACCAGGUCGUGUUGUACGAUGUUUCUGGAGCCACUCUGGGAGCUCAGACUCUGGGGGCGGAGCACAGGAGUCACAUGUUCCCCGGGCUGAUCCCUGGUAGGCUGUACCGCGCUGAGGUCAUCACGCACAGCGGGGAGCUGACCAAUAACGUCUCAGCAUUCGGACGCACCACUCCAGAGCCGCCCACCCACCUGUCCGUCAAACAGGGCCCAACCAAUGACACGAUAGAGCUGUCGUGGUCGGGUCCCGCCUCCGGAGACUACGACAACUUCAGCCUGCAGUGGACGCCGCCGGAUCAGCUGUCGGUCACCAAGACUCACCUGACCAGCUGCGUCGUCGGCAGCAUGUUCCCGGGGCGACAGUACAACUUCACCGUGACGACCAUCAGCGGGGGCGGGGACAGGGGCGGGGUAACAGUCAGGAGCCAGCCAAUCCAGAGGAGCGUCAGGACAAGUCCGUCCCCCCUCAGGGCGAUCCACUGCUUCCCUCUCUCCUCGUCCUCCCUCUCCUGCUCCUGGUCGCCUCCUCACGCCGACUUCGACUCCUACGAGGUCGAGUGCCGUCGCCACGACGACGGGGAGCUGACCUCGGCGCUGAGGCUCGCGGGCGGCGUCACCGCGGUAACGCUGGACCGCCUGGAGGCGUACAGGAAAUACUCAGUGACGGUCAGGGUGUCGUCGGCCGGACAGACGAGCCCGCCGGCGACGCACACGACCGUCACCAUGAUUGACCGUCCUCCCGUCCCGCCUUCCAGCGUCCGUGUCAGCGAGAGGUCAUCGAAGGUCACGUCGUCCUCCAUCUUGUUCCGCUUCAACUGCUCCUGGUUCAGCGACGCCAACGGAGCCGUGCGGUACUUCGCCGUGAUCGUGGCCGAGUCCGACGCCAAUGAGAUGCUGCAGCCGGAGCAGCGCCACCCUCUGCCCUCCUACCGCGACUACAUCAGCAACUCGUCCGUCAGAGCCUACCAGACCGACUACUUCACCAGCCGAUGCCCGCAGGACGCCGAGACCUCCGCUGGACAGGUGGUGGAGGUGAACCUGGGGGCGGGAUCAGACCGGCUGGGCGGGGCCUGCGACCAUUACCAUGACGAUGACCUCUACCUGAGCGACAGCUACGGCGGCUUCUGUGACGGGCCGCUGAAAGCCAAAACGUCCUACAGGCUGAGCGUUCGAGCCUUCACCAGACUGUUUGACGAAAACCACAGAGAGUUUUCUCAGCCUCUGUUCAGUGACACCUACCUGUCCUCGCCGCUCAGGACCCACGCCGAGCCUCUAGGUGGCGUCGUGGAGGGUCUGAGCGCUGGUAUGUUCCUCAUCGGGAUGAUGGUGGCCAUCGUCUCCCUGCUGGUCUACAGACAGAGGCUACGCAAAGUGGCCGUGCAGGAGAACCCGGUGGUGAGGAUGAGCAUGUGGAAGGAGGUCCCGGCGUCGGGGAUGUACGUCGGCGUCCGGAGCAACCGUCGUGUCACCAGUCCCAUCAAAGCGUGUCACUUCGAGUCCCACCUGUCCAAGCUGCAGGCCGACUCCAACUACCUGCUGUCAGAGGAGUUCGAGGACCUGAAGGACGUCGGACGCAACCAGACGAUGGACGUGGCCCGACUGCCCGAGAACCGAGGGAAGAACCGCUACAACAACAUCCUGCCCUACGACUCGACCAGAGUGAAGCUGUCCUACCUGGAGGACGACCCGUGCUCCGACUACAUCAACGCCAGCUACAUCCCGGGGAACAACUACCGGCGGGAGUACAUCGCCACCCAGGGCCCGCUGCCCGGAACCAAAGACGACUUCUGGAGGAUGGUGUGGGAGCACGGCGUCUACAACGUCGUCAUGGUGACGCAGUGCGUGGAGAAGGGACGGGUGAAGUGUGACCAGUACUGGCCUGCGGACAGAGAACCUCUGUACUACGGAGACCUGGUCAUCCAGAUGCUGUCCGAGUCCGUCCUGCCCGAGUGGACCAUCCGAGAGUUCAAGAUCACGUCGGAGAGCGGCUGCAGCUACCCGCGGGUGUUGCGUCACUUCCACUACACCGUGUGGCCCGACCACGGCGUCCCGGAGAGCACCCAGUCCCUGAUCCAGUUUGUCCGGACGGUCCGGGACUACGUGGACCGAUCGCCGAGCACCGGAGCCACCGUCGUGCACUGCAGCGCUGGAGUCGGCCGCACGGGAACGUUCAUCGCUUUGGACCGGGUUCUGCAGCAGCUGGACUCCAAAGGAACCAUCGACCUGUACGGCUGCGUGUUCGACCUCCGGCUGCACCGCCAGCACAUGGUCCAGACCGAGUGCCAGUACUCGUUCCUGCAUCAGUGUGUCCGCGACGUCCUGAGAGCCAGGAAGCAUCGCAGCGAGCAGGAAAACCCUCUGUACCCCAUCUAUGAGAACUUCAACCCCGAGUACUGCCGAGAUUUCAUCUACACCGGACGCUGAAGACACGACACAAACGUCUCCGACUAGCUUCAGACAAAACAGAGAAAAUCUACGAGUUAAUAAAACGUCAUCAGUUUUUACCUCAGAGGGGAUUUAAUGUCAACGGAGUCUCAUCAGCACAACAGUUGUUUUUCUUUUUCAUGUUGUUCUCGAGCAAAUUUAAACUUUUUAAAGUGUUUUUUGAAAAAAUUCCAAAAGGAAAUGUGAAUUAAGUUCUCCAGAGUGGCCAGGAGGUGGCGCUGUAGGCUGUAAUAAAAGGAGUAGAAGAAGACAAACUAAACACGUCAGAAGAAAAACAAAACUUUGUAAAACUAUGAGAGUAAAUUAGAGAGAAACGUUUGGGAACUGUUCUCAGUGUGGAAAGUUGUAGUUACUCUGUAGCGCCAGCAGGUGGCGGCCAUGUUUGACACUGGCGAAGAAAACAAAAGAAACGGCCGAUCGAAUGUGUUUCCAUCUAACCUGAGGAUUAUUAACGCUUUAGAAAAAGUCCAAAACCCUCAAACACGUGAAAUUGAAAACGUUUUCUUUAAUUUUUUUUGUUGUUAUCGACUGUUUUUAACGCGACACUUUAAAAAGUUGUGGUUAAAAGUAGUUUUAUUAGAAACCGUUUUCACCGUUAGAGUCUAAAUCCCAGCACCGAAAGCAGCUAGCGUCUGUUAAAAAUAACCCCCACGUAGCGUUUUAACAACUUAACUUCACAUCGUGAACAACUUUAACAUGUUUACUGACAAAAAGUGCGAAUAAAUAAUCGUUCCAGUAAAAAUCCUGAUUAACUUUUUAUCCCCGUUCUUCACAUUUGGUCUGAAUCUGAAAACCUUUAGUUAAACUCGGUAGAAGCGAGGGCUGAUCUCAGGUGUUCAGGUGUUCUCUAGUCCACAGGUGAGUGAUGGCAGAUCUAUUUUUCUACCUUCCAUUACUACUGUCUGCUCUCACUCACUGCUCCAUAUAAGCUCGUUAUUUAAAACCAACCUACACGUAUUGCUGUAUGUAAAUAUUGGUGUCAUGCUCUGUUUUUAUAUAUGAUCGUAACGUAUCUGUCCGUCAGGUUUGUGUCGUGUUCCUCGUGUAUGAAGCUGCAGAUCGAGCUGCUGCCUUCAGACUUUAACUUCCUGCCUCAUGAUAGCUUCGUUAUAAAGAAUAAACUUGCACAGAUGUACUCAUUAAGUUCUUAAUUAAGCCUCUAAGCUUCUCAGAUUAAAGUCUGAAUACAACACAGGAACCGUUUUGGUUUUAAAAUCCGUCACAAAUUGGAAUUCACCUGAAAAAUAAAAUAAAAUAAAAUAAAAUAAAAUAAAAUUAGACGUUUUUGUGUCUAAAGAAAAAAAAAUCUGAUCUUGUAUAAUUUUAAAAUUUUAAAAUUCAAGAAAAAUCCCAUUUGUCAUCAGAAAUGAUGGAAUAUAAUUUGAAUCACCUGCUGGAGGAUUUGAUGUUUUGUUUUUUUAAGAUGUAUUUUUUCAUUUAUUUUAAAUAGUAUAAUUAUUAAGAACACAGGGUUGGGUUAAAUAUCCAGUAUUAUGAUAUAACACUGAUAAGAAUACGUCUGACUCGUGAUUAUAAGCUGAUCAAAUCAGUGAUUAAAGGUGUUCACUGCACAUAGGACCUGAUUAUUUCUAUAUCGUUUGCAUACGUUGUGACAUAUUCUGGAUGUAAUGUUUGAUUCGUCAGACUGAUUUCAGUCACGUCUGUUUUUAUAACUCGCUGUGACGUCGCUGUAAACUGGAUUAUAGAGCGCAAAUUAAAAAUAUCUUCCAAAGUG